AUGAAAGGUGCUGGUUUCCUUCUGGCUUUCAACCUCUUGGUUUUGGCAUCCUCGUUUGUCUCUGCCUAUGACCCUAGCCCCCUCCAGGACUUCUGUGUAGCCAUCGAUGAUACCAAGAAUGGUGUGUUUGUGAAUGGGAAGUUCUGCAAGGAUCCAAAGCUUGCUACUGCAAACGAUUUCUUCUUUUCAGGGCUAAACAUCCCAAAGAACACAUCAAACUAUGUUGGAUCAGCAGUUACUCCUGUAAACGUUGACCAAAUACCAGGGCUAAACACAUUAGGCAUAUCUUUAGUUCGUAUUGAUUAUGCACCAAAUGGUGGGCUAAACCCGCCGCACACCCACCCUCGUGGCACAGAGAUCCUUGUGGUCCUAGAAGGUGAACUCUAUGUUGGAUUUGUUACAUCCAAUCCGAAUAAUCGCCUUAUCUCUAAAAUCCUUUAUCCUGGAGAUGUUUUCGUCUUCCCCAUUGGCCUAAUUCAUUUUCAGCAGAACGUUGGAAAGACCAAGGCUGUAGCUUUUGCUGGUUUGAGCAGCCAGAAUCCUGGUGUGAUUACAAUAGCAAAUGCUGUUUUUGGAUCAAAUCUACCCAUUAACCCUGAUGUUCUUGCCAGGGCCUUUCAGCUGAGUAACAAAGUGGUGAAGUACCUCCAGUCAAGGUUCCGAUCGUUUUGAGCUAGUUUGGAACAAUACAUGAAAGGCAGAACAGCAGUUUUACACUAUGUUGCAAUGGCUUUCCUUUCCUUUAUUCAAAAUAAAUUCUUAAUAAAUCCAGAGUUAACUCAAUU